GAGAUAAGUAAAAACCCUAAAAAACACUGGCACACGAAAAAACACACACACUGACUUUGGCAGCGCUUCUCCUCUUCUUCCUUGCGGUUGCGUCGAUCUACGAGGGGGGCUUCUUAGCCCUCUCUCUCUCACUCUCUGGGCUGCAAUUUUAGGUGAUUUGUCUUCAGAUGGAAGCAUUGCUUGCUUGACUGACGCCUUUGUCUCAAAAGGAUUGGAAUUUCUGGUUUUUGAGGGCUUGGAAAUUCAGAGAGUAGCCUUUCACUCCGCGAAGAAUAAAAAAAAUAAAAAAUAAAAAAGAAAGAAAGGAAAUUGUGCAUUUUGGAGGGUGUGGGUUUGAAAUUUUUUAUUUUGACAUCAUUUCUAAAGUUAAGUCAAUCAUAGGUGCAGCUGUUUUAAUUAUUGCUUUAUUUUAAAAUAGGCUCUUAGGUCAGGCCAAGCUUUUAGACAAUCCAGUCAUGGUCUUAAAAAAGGUUAUAAUAGGUAAUUAGGAUAGGAUCAGGCCUUCUAAUUAGGAAUCAAGCUAUGCUCAAGCCUUUCAAAUUAGGGCCUGACCUGUUCCCCACUCUGUCAGUUCUGCAGUUCAACCGCAUGAUUCGUAGUGGGACUGCUUGAUCAAGUGAUCUGACCUUGUAACUGGAACAACAAUAUAUUUUAGAUAUAUUGCAAAAGUCCUACGCUUCAUCUAUACAAUCACUUUCUUCUACUCUCUCCUAGAUUACCACUCAUAUUGCAUUGCUAAGCACAUGGACACUGAUACCAUUGGUGAUCCUGUUGAUAUCAAUACCAUUCAGAAUGAUGAAGAAGAUCAAGAUGAUGAUUAUGAUGAUGAAGAUGAAGAACAUGAACUUGUCACUCUUGGUUUUGUUGACAAGCCCAAGAAUCAGUGGUCUCUUCUCCGUCAAUAUUUUCCAAGCAAAGCUGGAGGUGUCCCGGCUUGGCUUGACCCUCUGAAUAUACCAUUAGGGAGAACAUCUUUGUGUGACUUUUGUGGAGACCCGUUACAAUUCUUGCUUCAGGUUUAUGCACCAAUUGAGCAGGAAACUACGUUUCACCGGAUGUUGUUUGUUUUUAUGUGUCCUUCUAUGAAAUGUCUUCUUAGGGAUCAACAUGAACAAUGGAAACGCCAUUCAGAGAAGCCAUCGAGAAGUGUGAAGGUUUUCUGUUGUCAAUUGCCUCGAGUUAAUCCUUUUUAUUCAUAUGAAUGCCCUGAGUUUAAUGAGAGCCACAAACCUGCUGGCAGUGGAGUUGCUCUGUGUGAUUUGUGUGGCACCUGGAAAGGAGAUAAGCUUUGUAGUAGUUGCAGACAAGCACGAUAUUGCUCUGAAAAACACCAGGUUGUAAGUUGGCGCUUAGGGCACAAAAUUGCUUGCCAGCAGAUGAAAGUCUCUUCACCUGUUUUUGGAUCCAACAAAAGCGGACACCCCUCCUCAGAGCAUCAUAAAGUUGCAAGCAACAAUGUGUGGCCUGAAUUUGAGAUCAUCAUUGAAGAUGAAAGUGAAUAUAAUAGAGACAUAUCUGAGGACAAUAAUACCUUGGCUAACUCCUUGAUCUCAAGGAACAGGACUGAUGACACAAUGAAUUCACUUUUGGAUAACUUUCAGGGUGAUCAUGACAAAAGGAGUUGGGCAUAUUUCCAGGAACGCAUUGCUAAGGCUCCUGAACAAGUAUUGAGGUACUAUAGGAAUACUAAUGCUAAGCCCAUAUGGCCUGUGUCAAGUGGUCGGCCAUCUAAAGCUGAUAUCCCUAGAUGCAGUUACUGCAGUGGACCUAUGUGCUGUGAAUUUCAGAUUUUACCUCAGUUGCUGUAUUACUUCGGCGUUGACAAUGAAUUGGAUUCGUUGGAUUGGGCUUCAAUUGUUGUGUAUGCCUGUGAAGCUUCUUGCGAGGCAAGUUUACCUUACAAAUAUGAAUUUGCUUGGGUACAACUGUAUUCACCUUCCCCCACCUUAUAGGAAAGUGUCUGCAUUUAAAUUUUUGGGACUCAACAGUGUAAGAUAUUUUUGUUUGCCUUGGUGGAAGUAUAAGGUACGAAUUUGUACUUCAACCAUCAAUUUUGAGGAUCAUCUGGUGAUUGUGUAAUUUAUGGGCGUGUUGCGCCCCUUGUUAGAAGAAAUUUUGCCCCUACAGAAGAAAUAGGCUAUUGUUACGGAGACAUAUUCUCGUUGCUUUAUACAUAUUUUCAUCAUUCGAUAACUAAUAACGAGUUAUAAUGAAAUUUCGGCAUUCUUUUU